UUGUAUUCGUCCUUUAGACAAAUUGCACAAGGGACGUUUAUUCCUGACCUAGCUGUUGGUCUACCGUUACAUGUUUGUUUUGUUUCAGUGCCGCGUCGUGUGCGAGUAUAUGCUGACGGUGUCUACGACAUGUUCCACUCUGGACACGCUCGACAGCUGAUGCAGGCAUGCUCUGUCUUUCCCAAUACUUACCUCAUAGUUGGUGUUACCAGUGACGCAGACACGCAGUUGCACAAGGGCAAGACCGUGAUGAACGAACGCGAACGCUACGAGGCAGUGCGCCAUUGUCGAUACGUCGACGAGGUUAUCAAAGCGGCCCCGUGGGAGUGCACUAUCGACUUCCUAAAAUCGCAUAAGAUCGAUUUUAUCGCUCACGAUGACAUUCCAUACGCAACCGAGGAUUCAAAGGACAUUUACCAACCUUUCAAGGAUGCUGGAAUGUUUUUGACGACAAAAAGAACGAAAGGAAUAUCAACUACGGACGUUAUCGGGCGGAUAUUGAAGGACUACGACGUAUUCCUUAGAAGAAAUAUCAGCCGUGGAUUAACACGUCACGAACUAAACAUCAGUUAUGUUAAGGAGAAGCAGCUCCGAAUAGAAAAUAAUAUUCAGACCAUAGUUGAGAAGGGAAGUCAUUUUCUCGACGACUUUGGUAGUAGGAAGCGGAGGAUAAUUGAAGGCUUAGAGGACCUUUACCAGGAGGUCUCGGCCUCCUUUAUUCGAUUCUUUGGAACUCGAGGUCGUCUGCGCCAUUGGUGGUCUGGGACAACCGCGGCCAUCAAGGGCGUCGUGUCUUCAACUUCGUCAGUAUCCCUGCCUCCAUCUCCAGUUUCCGAAUCUGAUGAUGACAAUUCCGGAGCGAGUGGCUCUAGGUUAGUGCGCUUCAUCCUUAAAACGAGAUUUCGUUGGUCGCCAGUAAAUUUAUUAUUGUAG